GCCUUUUGUCUUUCAAGUAUUCUUAGCGAGUCAGUCUAUUGGGUCGUGUAUGUAUAAUUCGUAAGCUAAAAGGCAAAUCAUUUAUUUAGCAGGCUAGCCUAGCCCAUGGAAACAAUGAACUGCUAUGAGACAAAUACCGCACUGACUGAUUGUAUUAAAUAGUUCUGGAUUAAAAUGGUUCUUUUGGACAAAAUAACAUCGCUUUGUGAUACAUACGUUAAUUGACGUAUCAACAACUGCCGGAACAGCGUCGAGUACAUGGACGGCAAUAGUAAGAGCAAGCUCACCUGGCCCUGCCACAUCACCAUGCCAGUAGAUGGAUCAGAGGACCAGACCCCAUCCUCACACUCUGCUGCUCUUACCAGGGCAGGUUCAGAUGAACAUGGCGGCUCAGCUCUUUGUUCUCAAGGCCCCGAGGCUGCUUUUCCUGGCACAGAUAUCAACGAGGCUGGGGAAGGCAGCAGUGGUGGUAAAAGAGCCGGCGCUUUGCUGCAUAUCGACCGCCAGCGCAUCCAAGGAGCGUCUGCCAGUUCCGGUGCCGACGAGUUGCUCGGUCUUGGUGUGGCUGUGUACGACCAGGAUGUCCUGGAGAAAGGCGUCCUGCAGCAGGUGGACGAGGCCAUCCAGGAGGCUAGUCAGGCUGCUGCCAAAGCUGAGGCCGAGAAGGAGUAUGAGUCGGUGCUGGAUGACGUGAGGUCCGUUACAAUAUCCCUGAAGCAUAUCAGUAAGAUUAUUGAGCAGCUAUCCCCCUAUGCUUCGUCGAGUAAAGACAUCAGCAGAAAGAUUGAAUCUGUCAAAAGGCAGAAAGAAAAUAAGGAGAAGCAGCUCAAAAAGGUCCGCGCCAAACAGAAGCGACUUCAGGCUAUUUUGGGAGGAGAGGUCACCCAAAGGUUUGAAGAUGAGCUUUUGGCGGAGGAUGCAGAACACUCUGAAGCUGGCCCUUCCACACUCGGCAGUAUGCUCAUGCCAGCGCAAGAGACCGAGUGGGAGGAGCUAAUUCGGACAGGUCACAUGACACCUUUUGGCACACGAAUCCCACAGAAGGAGGACGUGAAGAAGGAGCCUCGUAAACUGAUGCUGGCCGAAAACUCUGCCUUCGAUCAGUACCUGGCCGACCAGGCCAAGCUGGCGACUGAAAGGAAGAAAAUCCCUCAUUUGAAAAAGAAGAGGAUCUCUGGUGCGCACAGACAAGGAUCCAAAGGAAAACCCUGCUCCUUGAAGGAAAAGAAAAUUCGAAAGCGAAUGCGAAAGCUCCAGAUAACUGCUCUGAAGGCACAUCCAAAGGCGAGACCAAAGUCUGAGCCUCAAGCACCAAAGCCAAAGAGGAAACCUCAAAUCGAAGGCGAGGAUGUUGAUAGCGACGGCUCCGAAUACCUGCCGAGCGACGAAGGCUUCGAUGCUGAACAAGAGGAACGAGAAGCCAUGGAAGAAGGCUUCGGAGAAGACAGUGACAAUGAUGAGUACGAGAUAAAAGCGUACAAGAGGAAGAAUGAAGCAAUGGGCAAGAGGCCUGUCAAGAAACAGCAAUUUGAUGAUGACUAUUCCCCAGAGAGUUCAGAUGAAGACAAUGUCUCCAAGAGUAAAGAGAAUAAAUGCAAAGAUGACGGGGAUCUGAAAUAUUACCGGAAGCGAAUAAGGAGGUGGAAGCGACAGCGUCUUCAAGAAAGGGAAGAGAAGCGGGAAAGGGGUGAGGAAAUGACGGACGACAGCGAUGCUGAGUUUGACGAAGGCUUCAAAGUACCUGGUUUCCUCUGGAAGAAACUUUACAAGUACCAGCAGACUGGAGUACGGUGGCUGUGGGAGCUCCAUUGUCAGCAGGCAGGAGGCAUCCUGGGAGACGAGAUGGGUUUGGGUAAAACCAUCCAGAUCAUCAGCUUCCUGGCGGGACUUAGCUACAGCAAACUGAGGACCCGGGGAUCCAACUACAGGUAUGCUGGUCUGGGCCCCACCGUCAUUGUGUGUCCUGCUACUGUCAUGCACCAGUGGGUAAAGGAAUUCCACACCUGGUGGCCACCUUUUAGAGUGGCUGUCCUUCAUGAAACGGGCUCCUUCUCCAGCAACAAGGAAAAGCUGAUUCCUGAGAUUGCAUCAUGUCAUGGCAUCCUGAUAACCUCCUAUUCAGCAGUGAGGAGCAUGCAGGACAUCCUUCAGCGAUACGACUGGCACUACAUAAUUUUGGAUGAGGGCCACAAGAUCAGAAAUCCAAAUGCCGGAGUCACCACUGCUUGUAAACAGUUCCGCACCCCCCACAGGUUCAUCCUGUCCGGCUCCCCCAUGCAGAACAAUUUGAAGGAGUUGUGGUCUUUAUUUGAUUUUGUCUUUCCUGGAAAAUUGGGCACCUUACCUGUCUUCAUGGAGCAGUUUUCUGUGCCCAUCACAAUGGGAGGAUACAGCAAUGCAUCACCUGUCCAGGUCCAGACGGCAUUCAAGUGUGCAUGUGUGCUGAGGGACACUAUUAAUCCUUACCUUCUUCGUAGAAUGAAGGCAGACGUCAAGGCCAACCUGGCCUUACCUGAUAAAAAUGAACAGGUUCUAUUUUGCAGGUUAACGCCGGAGCAGCGGCAGGUUUAUCAGAGCUUCUUAGACUCCAAAGAAGUCUACCAAAUACUCAACGGGGACAUGCAGGUUUUCUCAGGCUUGAUUGCAUUGAGGAAGAUGUGCAACCACCCCGAUCUUUUCACUGGCGGCCCCCGGCUGAUGAGAGGGAUCCCAGAGGAGGAGCUGACAGAAGAGGAACACUUUGGCUACUGGAAGCGUUCGGGCAAGCUGAUUGUGGUGGAGUCUCUCUUGCGCUUGUGGUUCAAGCAGGGCAACAGAGUCCUACUCUUCACGCAGUCUCGACAGAUGUUGGACAUUUUGGAGGUGUUUGUGAGGGAGAACCAGUACUCGUACCUGAAAAUGGACGGCACGACCACCAUAGCUUCCCGACAGCCCCUUAUCGCCCGCUACAAUGAGGACAAUUCUAUAUUUGUCUUCUUGUUGACAACCAGAGUUGGAGGUCUGGGAGUGAAUUUGACCGGAGCCAAUAGAGUUAUCAUCUAUGACCCAGACUGGAACCCCAGUACUGACACGCAGGCAAGGGAACGUGCCUGGAGAAUCGGUCAGAAGCAGCAAGUGACCGUCUACAGGCUCCUCACUGCAGGGACCAUUGAAGAGAAAAUUUACCACAGGCAAAUUUUCAAACAGUUUCUGACCAACCGUGUUCUGAAGGACCCCAAACAGCGGCGCUUUUUCAAGUCUAACGACAUCUACGAGCUCUUCACUCUCGCUGACCCAGAUGAAAAGCAGGGAACAGAGACCAGCGCUAUAUUCGCAGGGACGGGAUCUGACGUCAAGGCGCCGAAAAAACCUGAAAGAAACCUGAAACACUCCAAAUCCCACCUGAAGGAAAUGGAUGCAGACAAUGUUUCAGCAGCUACUUGUAGACAAUUAUCUCAGGGUCAAUCAAAUGGUACCGUGGAUGGCGAAACACAUCGAAAUGACCGGGACGCAGAGUCACUUUUAUCCUCCAAACUAAAGAAUGACACGUGCCUGAAGCGCAGGCAGAAAAGGAAGCACUGUGAGUCCAGAAAUGGGGAAAGACACAAAAGUAAACAAAGUCGACGUGAAAAGGACGCCCGCUUCGAGGGCCAUCGCAUUUCUCAUUUGGUAAAGAAGAGCGACUUCAAGGGAGCCGAAGAGCAAGCUGACGACCAGAAGAAGUCUGACGAUUACGUUUUAUCCAAGCUCUUCAAAAAGUCUGGAAUACACAGCGUGAUGCAGCACGACUCCAUCAUUGAUUCGUCAAAUCCUGACUACGUUCUGGUCGAGGCAGAAGCUAACAAGGUGGCCAAAGAUGCCCUGAGGGCCCUCAAAGUGUCUCGUCAGCAGUGCAGGCUGGCCCUUAGUAGAGCGCCGCUCGCACGGAAGCGCUUUGGACAAAAGAAGAAUUCGCUCCUGGUCGGACCAUCUGUGCACACGCCUCCGGAUUUGAACAAGUGCAAGGAUGCCGCAAUUGUAGCAAAGACAAAGUCAACGAAGCCUCUUUCCGGGGCUCAUUUCAGCGGGGAAGUCGCCGAAAACGAUUCAAGUCCGGCCCCGCUAUCCUCGUCCGCCCUGCUGGCGCAGAUGAGAAACCGCAACCACCUCAGCUUGCCUUCCACCAGCCAACGAGAGGAAGAAGAAGACGGAGAAGACGAAGCGGCCGGGAGCUCGCAUCCCCCUCCGAAAACCGAGCAUGAUGAGCUGCUGGUCGACCUGCGCAACUUUGUUGCCUUCCAGGCGCGAGUGAACGGGCAGGCCAGCACGCAGGAAAUGCUGGAGUACUUCAAACCCAAACUGAGCCCCGAGCAGGCACCCAUCUUUAGAGAGCUGCUCAGGAACAUCUGUGACUUCCAAAGGCGUUCCGGACAGGAAGGCCUCUGGAGGCUCAAGGAGAACUUCCGCUGACCUCAAAUAAUACACCAAAGUGGAUCCUCAAAACUGAACAGAAUCCAUUCCGUUAUCUUGAAACGAUAUGAGAUGUACUUACUUAUUUUAUACUUUUUUGUUUCUUACUGUCAAAUCUAUUGUAAACAGUUGUCUUAUUGUGACAUAUCAAAGUCAUCCACUUUUACAAUGACACUUUUUUUUAAUGGAAAUCCACUCCGGUGCCUGUUCAAGCACUUGUGCCAAUACUUUCCUGUCUUGUAUUUAUCUACAAUUUGCUGUUUAGACUUGAAUUUAACCUACAGUUUACUUUAUGUGCGCCAGUCGUACCUAAAAUUAUCUAAAUAUUUAUCGAGGAAUGGGUGCUUUUAUGAAACAACACCUCAAGUGAUAAUUUUGUACUGUAUUUAGGACUAAAAAUGCAACAUGCAACUAUAAAGCUUUUAAAUCAAGCUGGUUAUGGUUAACUUCCAAAUGGUUAAAAAUGUGAAAAGACUGACAUCACCACUGGCACUUUAUGAGACAAAUAACAAAUGUUCUGUACUCCUCAACCGUUUUAGGGGCAGUGGUCACUACAAUGGACAUCUAUUCAAAUGUUAUUAUUAGCUUAACUUAUUCACUGCCAGUCCAGGGUCACUGAGUACAGUUGUGGUCAAAAGUUUACAUACACUUGUGAAGAACAUAAUGUCAGGGCUCUCUCGAGUUUCCAGUUAUUUCUACAACUCUGAUUAUUCUCUGAUAGAGUGAUUGGAACAGAUACUUCUUUGUCACAAAAAACAUUCAUGAAGUUUGGUUCUUUUAUGACUUUAUUAUGGGUGAACAGAAAAAAGUGAGCUGGGUCAAAAAUAUACAUACAGCAGCGCUAAUAUUUGGUAACAUGUCCCUUGGCCAUUUUCACUUCAAUUAGGCGCUUUUGGUAGCCAUCCACAUUCUGGCAAGCUUCUGGUUGAAUCUUUGACCACUCCUUGACAGAAUUGGUGCAGUUCAGUUAAAUUUGAUGGCUUUCUGACAUGGACUUGCUUCUUCAGCAUUGUCCACAAGUUCUCAAUGGGGUUUAAGUCAGGACUUUGGGAAGGCCAUUCGAAAACCUUAAUUCUAGCCUGAUUUAGCCAUUCCAUUACCACUUUUGAUGUGUGUUUGGGGUCAUUGUCCUGUUGGAACACCCAACUGCGCCCAAGACCCAAUCUUCGGACUGAUGACGUUAGGUUAUCUUGAAGAAUUUGAAGGUAAUCCUCCUUCUUCAUGAUCCCAUUUACUCUCUGUAAAGCACCAGUUCCAUUGGCAGCAAAACAGCCCCACAGCAUAAUACUACCACCACCGUGCUUGACGGUAGGCAUGGUGUACUUGGGGUUAAAGGCCUCACCUUUUCUCCUCCAAACAUAUUGCUGGGCAUUGUGGCCAAACAGCUCGAUUUUUGUUUCGUCUGACCACAGAACUUUCCUCCAGAAGGUCUUAUCUUUGUCCAUGUGAUCAGCAGCAAACUUCAGUCGAGCCUUAAGGUGCCGCUUUUGGAGCAAGGGCUUCCUUCUUGCACAGCAGCCUCUCAGUCCAUGGAGAUGCAAAACACACUUGACUGUGGAUACUGACACCUGUGUUCCAGCAGCUUCAAAUUCUUGGCAGAUCUGCUUUUUGGUGAUUCUCGGUUGAAUCUUCACCCUCCUGACCAAUUUUUUCUCAGCAGCAGGUGAUAGCUUGCGUUUUCUUCCUGAUCGUGGCAGUGACAAAACAGUGCCAUGCACGUUAUACUUACAAACAGUUGUUUGCACUGUUGCUCUUGGGACCUGCAGCUGCUUUGAAAUGGCUCCAAGUGACUUUCCUGACUUGUUCAAGUCAAUGAUUGUUCAAGUCAAUAAUCACUCACAAGAAAUUGCUAAUUCGUGUUGCUGUAUGUAUAUUUUUGACCCAGCAGAUUUGAUCACUUUUUCUGUUAACCCAUAAUAAAGUCAGAAAAGAACCAAACUUCAUGAAUGUUUUUUGUGAAAGUAUCUGUUCCAAUCACUCUAUCAGAG